UGGCAACCCACAGGCUCCAGUCCAGUUCCCUGUUGGUGUGAGGUUGUACAAUGAAGGCGCGAUGGCUGCUUGCAGUAAUAUGGAUGAGAAUGACCAACUUGACAGCCGCUCUUCAUGAUGGCUCUGCUUUCCUGAACGCUUUCUUUGCCAAAACACAGUAAUCUCCCUGUUUCAUCCCAUCUGUAAAGGCCAAGUGUUGUGUUUGCCUCAAUCUGCUAGCCCCGUGCUAUGAUUCUAUCCACAUCAACUCUCUUUAAUUGACCAAACCGAUAUCACUCAUAACAUGGCCAUCUCACAGUUUCGCCUUUUUAAGAUAUGCACCUGCUUGGCAUCUAUUCUCUCAUUCUUGAAAAGAUUGAUUUGUAGGACUGGAAGGUCCCGCAAGCUGAGUGGGGAUCAGAUCAGCCUCCCGACCACAGUUGAUUAUUCCUCUGGGGCAAAACAGCCAGAGAUUGAGGAUUGGAGCUCAUGGGACGAGGAAGCUCCAACAAGUAUUAAAAUUGAAGGUGGCAAUGGGAUGGUUCCACCUCCACAGAAUGGAGAUGAAGAAGAAGAGCCAGACUACUUCAAAGACAUGGCUCCCACCAUCAGGAAAACACAAAAGAUUGUGUUGAAGAAAAGGGAACCUCUGAAUUUCUCUAUGCCAGACAGCUCCUCAGGUUUCUCCAGCCGACUAGCAGCCAGUCAGGACAUGUCCUUCAUCCAGCCCUCUGCGGAGCUGGGGGACAUGGACACCUGGCAGGAGGACAGCAAUGCCUGGGAGGAUGAUGCAGAUGCAGCCUGGGAGGCAGAGGAUGUGCUGAGGCAGCAGAAGCUGGCUGAGAGAGAGAGACGUGCAAUAGAGCAACAGAGGAAGAAAAUGGAAAAAGAGGCACAGAGAAUGAUGAAAAAAGAGCAGAAGAUUGCUGUCAAGCUUUCCUAACAUUAAUACAGCACACCGGACACUCAAAGCAACAGCCAAACAACUGCUCAUAUUACAUUUGACCUGGUUUUGUCCUGCCUGCCACACUGCUGUCCAUCUUGGGGAUUUUUUGUUUUUGUUUGUUUCUUCAGGUUUUCUUUUUGUAUUGGAUUGAACACAGCACCAAGACUCGUCCCUCUUGUUUAUUUUUGAGCUAUUGGGACUGUUCUUACGGUGCAGUCGAUAAAAGAAAAAUGAAAUGUUUUUUCUUUCUUUCAGUAUUUCUAUCACUUGAAUGAUUUCGUGAAGAACCAUUUUAGUUCAGGAAUUCUGUUCAUUUUUGAUUUAGCUUUUUUGCCUCCCUUUUUUGCCUUUUUCUUCAUCAAAGUCUUGUGUCUGUGCUUUAAACACCGGACCUCUCCAGAAAUGGGUGAUAUCUCAAUAUUUCAAAAGAAUCAAAUUUAUGCAACCUUGGGUUUUUGCUCCUCACAUUCUUUUUAGCCGUCUAUCUUAUCUGUUGCAAUUAUUUUUACCUGGAAAUGAUGGGUUUAAUUGUGAAUAAUCCUUAUAUUUUGAGUCAUCUGGUUAAUUGUCUGUGGGAAUAGAGAGCAGAGAUAUUCAGUAUGUACCGAGGAUCGAAGAGAGUGCUUUUAAGAGAUGUGGGUUGGUCGUCAUGGAAACGUUGAACUUUUUAAAAUAUCCAAAUUGGCAACUAAACCAUCUUUUAUUUUUAGUAAGGCUGUGUUACCGAGAAGAGCAAUGACUAAGAGAAAAGCAUUCACUGUUUGUUCUUUAGCUAUUAAAGAAUUUCUUAUUGUAGAAAUUGAUCAUGUUUAUUGAUAGAAUGAGGAGGAGGAGGAGGAUGGUGCUGAUGCUGAAAUUAAGCUCUGCAUGCUGUGAUGAUUAUUAAGGAACGUGAAGCCAUGAGAGCCCCAGGUACAGAUAACAAUGGAAAAACUGAAUAAAAUCACACCUUUUGCUAUGAUUUAUGUUUUCCAUUUGUGCAUGCUCAUCCCUUUUUAAGUUGUUUUUACAUUUUUUUUUUCACAGUGCAGCCUUAGCUGUAAUAAACAUUUUGGUUAUCUGUUCA